AUGAGCGCCAUCAGGACCAAGCUUCAUCACCAACUCCAGACCGUCACGGCGAGAAUUCCCGUUCUCAAUUCGACGGCCGCCACCAGAGGCGGGGUUCAACCAUGGAACAGUCGAUUAAGGGAGCUAGCAAACAAGUCGCUCUUCUCAGAAGCCCUGUCUGUCUACCUCCAAAUGCUUCGCUCCGGUGCAUCCCCGAACGCAUUCACUUUCCCGUUCGCGCUCAAGUCAUCCGCCGUGCUUUCUCUCCCCAUCACCGGAGAACAGCUCCAUUGCCAAGCGAUCAGAACGGGUUGUUUGUUAGAACCCUUUGUUCAGACCUCUCUGAUAUCAAUGUACUGCAAGUGCAAUUUUGUUGACGUUGCGCGCCAGGUGUUUGAUGAAAAUCCCCUGUCAAGGAAGCUCACGGUUUGCUACAAUGCUUUGAUUGCUGGGUACGCCCUGAAUCUCAGAACGAAGGAUACCGUGUCGCUGUUCUGCGAAAUGAGGGAAUUUGGUGUGGAGAUCAAUGGGGUGACCUUGCUCGGCUUGGUUCCGGUUUGUGGAGUGGCGGGGAAUUUCGGACUUGGCAUGUGCGUGCACGGUUGCUGUCUGAAGUUCGGACUAAAUCUCGACUUCUCAGUUGGGAAUUCCUUGCUUUCAAUGUAUUUGAGAUGUGGAGAAAUCAAGACGGCCAGGAAACUGUUCGAUGAAUUGCCGGGGAAAGGGUUGAUCACCUGGAACGCGAUGAUCAACGGUCAUGCACAAAAUGGACUUGCUAACGAUGUGUUGGAGCUCUACAGAGAGAUGGAAGCAAGCGGGAUUCAACCUGACCCUGUAACACUCGUCGGUGUUCUCUCAUCUUGUGCUAAUCUUGGUGCACAAGAGGUUGGUAAAGAGGUGGAAAGGCGAAUUCACGCUUGUGGAUUUCUAGCUAAUCCGUUUCUGAACAAUGCUUUGAUCAACAUGUACUCCAGGUGUGGCAACUUGGUGAAAGCCAGGCAAAUCUUUGACAGAAUGCCGGUCAAAACUGUAGUCUCUUGGACAGCAAUCAUAGGAGGUUAUGGGAUGCACGGACAAGGAGAGGUUGCAGUUGACCUCUUCGAUGAUAUGAUUAGGGCCGGCACAAUACCCGAUCGAGCAGCUUUUGUGAGCGUUUUGUCUGCCUGUAGCCAUGCCGGUCUAACAGAUAAAGGGUUGCAUUAUCUUGAUACCAUGGAGCAGAAGUUUCACCUGAGUCCAGGUGCAGAGCAUUAUUCCUGCGUCGUGGAUCUUCUAGGCCGAGCUGGACGACUAGAUGAAGCUCACGGGCUCAUCAGGACCAUGAAAGCUAAACCUGAUGGUGCAGUCUGGGGAGCACUUUUAGGCGCCUGCAAAAUUCACAGAAAUGUGGAACUGGCCGAGUUGGCUUUUGAACGUGUUGUAGAGCUUGAACCAACAAAUAUUGGCUACUAUGUUCUGUUAUCGAACAUAUACACUGAUGCUGGGGAUUCGGAGGGGAUACUGAGGAUUCGAGUGAUGAUGAGAGAACGAAAGCUAAAAAAGGACCCAGGCUGCAGUUAUGUUGAAUUCAAAGGCAGAGUUCACCUCUUUGUUUCAGGGGAUAGAAGUCAUCCUCAAUCGAAGCAAAUAUACGAGUUUUUGGAUGAGCUGGAAUGCAAACUGAAGGAACUUGACCAGAAUAGAGCCGACGAGCAGCUGCGAGGGUUGAGUGGGAUGGGGGUGCACAGUGAGAAACUGGCUGUUGCAUUUGGAGUCUUGAACACGAAGGAAGGAGCAGAGAUUGUUGUGAUGAAGAACCUGAGGAUAUGUGGAGAUUGUCACUUGUUCAUGAAGUUGGUUAGCAAGAUUUUGCCACGUCGUGAAUUCGUAGUGAGAGAUCCAACUAGAUUUCAUCACUUCAGAAACGGAGUUUGUUCUUGCAAAGACUAUUGGUGA